AUUGUAAAAAAAUAUGGUGUUGACCUAGGAACGCUGAGCCGCCGCCACCGAGGUAUUUCUCGCUCCAGACAAGCAGCUGCACAAAACCAGCAGGCAGUCCACCCACAACAUGAAGCUGAGCUUAUCGACUAUAUCGAUAGACUCACUAAGCGAGGCCUAGCACCCACACGGAGUAUCAUUCGAAAUAUCGCGUCGCAGCUAGCUCAGAAGCAGCUCGGAUAUCACUGGGUUGAUCGCUUUGUUCAUCGUAACUCGCAUCUCGUUAUACUCAAGCGCACCACGCCAAUCGAUCGUAGC